AUGCUCCCUAAUCGGCGCCUCACAAUACAUACGGUGCUCAAGAACUGGAAUAGUACCUUGGCUCUCACUUAUAGUGCUGCAAGUACUGAUCUAAGGGCUAGAUCUGCACGCACAACGAAUGGUUCAAUACCCGCAGAGUCCACCGAUUUGAGCAGGAGCUUGCAAAGUGCAUUGGAACAACGAAGCACAGUUAAACAAUUAGUUUUGAGAAAUCAAAAAUAUGAUGUCCGAGCUGGCGAAAAUCCCGUCCAGCUUCCAAGCCGAUUGUCAGCGUCUCUGCAAGAAAAUGAGUACGUAAAAGUUUUGAUGGAACUAACGUUACGGUCCAAAAUGGACCCCGAAUUAGGGAAGAAACUAUUCACGGAAAACAUCCUGACGCGAAUGGAGCUGUCCACUUUUAUCCAAGGCGCAUUAUCCUGUAAAAACCUCGUUGAGAACUUGGCACACACAGCGCCAGGCAGUCACGCAACGGAGAUUGUUUUCAACCUUUUUGCACUAUACGCUAAGGUUAUAGAACCGGGACACUUAAAUGCGCUUGAACUUCACGACUUGAAUCUCUUUGUGGCGUUUUUCAUCAAGAAUAAGCAGCUGCGAAAGGCUCAAACAGUCCUUGACUUCAUUGUGAGUUCCAAUAACGAUCAAAUUCCUUACGACAUUUCCACGGCAAUCCACUACCUACAACUGCGAUGUGGUGCUCUGCCACAGACCUGGGUCGCAAAAUCGCAACGCGGUCGUGCACUCGAGAUACAAGACUAUUCUACUCGCUCUAAAUACAAAGCGUUUGACAAAAGCUUUGUCCCCUCAUUUUUGGAAUUCUUAAGGGAUCCUACGAGCAAAUGGUCACUCAAGUCCACUGACGCUUUAGAGGCGACGAUCGUAUAUUCAUUGGGAUUUAUGGGGCAAAUUUCUGCUCUCGAAAACUACAUCCGCCAGAGAUGGGGCAUUUCUUUAGGCAAGUCUCAUGAGCGAGCACACACUGAAGACCUUAUUGCUCCUUCGUCAGAGAUUUUGAUUGCCAUUUUAACGAGUUUUGCGCGAAACGGUCAAAUCGGCUCGGCACUCGAAUUCAUGGACUCAUUUAUCGAGACGUACGAAAAAUUGGAACUGGACGUUCAGUUUUGGAGGAGCUUGUUUCAGCACAGUAUCAUCAUUUGGGGAAAUGGAAUGGAUCCUAAGGGCCAUUUGUCCAACGGGUGUUGGGAGGUGAUGAGGGAAUGGCAUAACAAACGCGGAAGAAUAAUAAAAGCAGAUCAUGCUGUGCUCAAUGACAGAUUCACAGUCUUGCGAGCAACAAAUAACUACAGAGGAGCAAUUGGCGUUAUCAAGCAGUGUUUGUCACAAUUACGCGAUGAAGAUUUGGCCUCGAAAAGGGCCAUUGGAUUUGUACAAAAAUACUUCAAACUUGUACUCAGGAAUCAAGCGGCAGCAGGAUGCUACCAUAAGUCUUUGCAAUUUAUCAAAAUGUGGGCACCAAAUGAACAACAGGCAAGUGUUUUGAGAAGUUACUUUGACAUACAUAGAAAGAGAUAUGAGCAAAGAAGCCAAAAGCGACGGGACGCUACGCAACGGAAGCAGAAGGAAUUUGAUGAUGAGGAGGAAGAUAGUAUGCUUCUUGGAAGGUUGUGGUAA